UGGGGAAUAUUUGAAAUAGUUAAUGCACAGUCUAUAAUUGAAAAUAAUCAAGUUGAGAUUUUGACAUACAGAAAUAGUUUACAACAGGUGUGUUUAUUAUGUACAAUUACUGAUGCCCUAGUUAUUAGUUAUACAAGUUAAAUAAUAUAAUAAUAUGUUAUUAUUAUUAUUAUUUACAUACUAUCAACUUUCCAUUUAAGGGUAAUAAUAUAACUACAUUAACUUAUCUAGACUUGUGCAAACAUUUCCAAAUCUUUUGUAAUCUUUUUUCAAAAUCUAUUUGAAAUGACUCAUUCCAUUUCAAUGAGCCCCUCUGAGUACAGAGAUAAUGUAUCUCCUUUUAAUUUCCUCUGAAUUCAACUAGGUUAGGUGAGAAAGGACACACUAAUAGCCACGGUAACAAAAACUUUUCUAAGCCUCUUCAGAUGUUGAGGAAACCACUUUUCUUCUAUAUGGCAUUCAGCUUUUUGUGCUCUGAGUUAAAUCAAAUCUUUGUAUUCAGCAUAGCAGAUGGAGUACAUUAGUUGAAAAGGUGUUUUUCAAGUCUUAUUAUGUUGAAAUGCAUGCAGGGUUACGCAACCAGAGCUGUCUUUAUCAUUUCCAUAAGACACAUCAUCCUGUUUCUCUUCCACCUGUGAGAACACACACAAGCGUCUGCACAGCCUCCCACUGAUUUCGGACUUGGUCACCAUGGAGAUCCCCUUCAAGUGCAACUGAUGAACCAGUUGGAUUGUAUCGGUCUCUCAUGCCUCUUUUGUGCAGCGCGGUGAUUGUGUAGCGAUGAUUCACUGCUCUGGGGUCAGCGCUUGGUUUGUUCAGGCUGUGCUAAAUGUAGUGUCAUCUGUACAUUAGACGGGAGACAGGCUUGCUCUUCCCUGUAGAAGAGAUCUUCAUGGGUUUUCGAAAGACGCACCGGCACUCGGCUUCAGAGACCUUGCUGAAGAUCCUGAGGAGGAGGCGCAGCUCAGCUGUGGAAGUCUUGACUUCUUCUUCAGAAAGGAUCAUUAUGGCACUUAGCAUGUCCGAGGCACAGACUGGCAUCACAGGAUGUGGAUUGAAUGUCAGAGUACCCACUGCAAAGUACACCAAGGUGGGCGAGACGUUGAGGCAUGUCAUCCCAGGACAUAUGCAGUGCUCCAUGGCAUGUGGCGGUCGAGCGUGCAAAUACGAAAACCCUUCUCGCUGGAGCGACAAAGAACAAGCCAUCAAAGGACUGUACUCCUCCUGGAUAACUGAUAAUUUGUUAGCCAUGGCAAGACCUUCAACUGAAAUCAUUGAAAAAUUCAACGUCAUCGAACAGUUUCAUGCGUGUGGCUUAAAGACAAUAAUCAACCUGCAGCGUCCAGGGGAACACGCCAGCUGUGGCAGCACUCUGGAGUCAGAGAGCGGUUUCACCUAUCGCCCAGAGGUUUUCAUGGAGGCGGGGAUUUAUUUUUAUAACUUCGGCUGGAAGGACUAUGGCGUGGCAUCCUUGACUACUAUCCUUGACAUGGUGAAGGUGAUGUCAUUUGCCAUGCAAGAGGGAAAAAUGGCUGUCCACUGCCAUGCGGGACUCGGCAGAACAGGUGUCUUAAUUGCAUGCUUCUUAGUAUUCACAUCCCGGAUGAGUGCAGAUCAGGCCAUUCUGUUUGUUAGAGCUAAACGUCCAAAUUCCAUCCAGACUCGUGGCCAACUGUUGUGUGUGCGAGAGUUCGCUCAGUUCCUUGUGCCACUGCGGAGUGUGUUCUCGUGUGCCGAGCCCAAAGCUCACACAGUCACAUUGUCGCAGUACCUGACUCGUCAGCGGCACCUGCUGCAUGGCUAUGAAGCACGUCUCAUGAAGAACGUGCCGAAGAUCGUACACCUGGUCUGCAGGCUUCUACUGGACAUAGCAGAGAACCGGCAAACGGUGGAAGAGGAGGUGCUGGACAUCCCGGACCUCACCGAGGAAGUGGAGAAGACAGUCUCGCUGCAAGCGCUUCAGCUAUUAGGAAAGGAGAUGAGGGGGAAAGGGAUUCCCAUAUCCUUACCUCGCUCUCCUGACCAACCCAGCCAGUGUGAUCCACCUCAUGACCGGCCGCUCUGUAGCGAACAGGAAUUUGAUGUGCUUUGGAGAUGGCCGACGGUAGACAAUACCUAUAAGUCUCAGCUCAUCUUGAAGAAAUGUUUUAGCUAUAGCGACUCCGCCUUGCACAGACUGGAUUCCAGGGUGCAGGUACUGCAAAGUCCCCAGAAUGCUCUUGGCAGCAAAUCUGGGUUAAACUUUACAGAGGUUUAUGUGUCGCAGAGCAGAUUAGCUACACAAACCCCUGACCUUCUGCCGUCCCCGUUGGCAUCCGAAAUCAGCAACAGUCCCAAACAUGGCUCUUUAACUGGAUCCUGUAGUUCCUUGGUGCAAUCCAAAAAAGUGGAAGGCCAAGCAUCCUGCUCUCCUGUCUCCAUAAAACGGGUACCUCUGAAGGAGGCGAAGCGCAGCAUGUCCUAUGGGUUUUUAGGGAGGACCAGUGAUGGGAUGUUUUCAACGCAUCAAGGUGGCAAAAGUCAUCCCAGCCCUAAUGAAAACACAAGCUCUGAAGUCACACAACAACUGACAGAUGUUCCUACACUGACUCUUCAGAGUGAACUCCCACCUGAGACUCGUCGACUGUUUGUGGCCAAAGUUCUGACGAUGGACAUCGAUGGAGAUGACUUCAGGAGCACAGUCUCAAUGUGGCAGACAGAGCUGAACUCCCGUGAAGGUGCAUGGGAGAGGCUGUGCACCGAGAGAGAUCCCGUGGUGCUCUCCACGCUCAUGUGGUCGUGGCUAGAACAACUCAAGGAGCCAGUCAUCACAAAAGAGGAUGUGGAGACUUUGGCUGGAAACAGAUUCAAUCCCCAACAUGCUCUGAAUUCACUGGACAAGGGACAAAAACAAACCCUUCUGUGUAUUCUUGACUGUGUUGCUCAUUUGCUUAAAAUACCAGAGGAGGUUGAGAAUGCCUUUUUUGAACGCACAAUCAAAGCAUUCACUCGGAUUUCCUUAGAUUCCGAGAAUGGAGAGUUCAUCUGUAAGACUCUGAAAGACGUCAUGAUCCCUGUCAUCCAUGAUUUGAGAGCGAAAGCAAUGGAGGAGCUCGAGCUGACCUGCCACUGUUCCCAUGUACCCUGAUCAAGAAGAUGAGGGGAAACCGAGAUCUGGAGUCUACUGUCAUUUUGUAGUUGAAAAAGAAACAAAAAACAAAUACAAAGACACAAACUAACAGAUUUACAGUUUUUUUUUCUGCUUGAUUAAUCAUUCAAAAUGUAUUUUAUUGUCUUUUGAGGGAACAAUAAUUACUGCCAUACAUGUAUGUGCCACAAGGUUUUGUUAGGCUAUUUUUCUAAUUUGCUUUUCUUAAUAGUUUAUUUUUGAUACACAAUAUUUAUUAGCUAACUGAGGAAACUAUUUAUUAAUAAGUAAGUCAUGUAUUUAUUUGUAUGCUUUUGUUUGGCUCUAACGAACUGAGGAUUCUCAUGAAAAUAUGUUUUGUCAUAUUAUACUGUUUGAAUAGUAUAAUGGUAGAUUAUUAUUUACUAAACCAAAUAAUAUCACUGUGCAACAUCUCAGCUUUCAUUUUUUUACUAAAUGAAGCAAAUUGACAGAUUUGCUGAUUCUUGCCUUUGCAAUUUGCAUUUAAGGUUUGAAAAAGGUUUGUAUUUAAGGUACAGUAGAGGACAACUAAAUGCUUUCAUUCAUAACGCAAUGCAGUUUACAUUAGGAAUAGCUAUAAGCAUAGCCUCAGCAUACUCUGAGAAUGUAUCAAUACAAUUCCUGCUAAAAUGAAUCAAAAUAAUGCUCUGUAGUCAGGCUUUUGCAGGAUGCUUUUUGACUUUUAUUGGCAUUAUUUAUAACUAAGCUGCUUCUUUAACUUAAAAAUAACAAAUAUGAAGGAAUAUGUGUAAAUAUGUUUGUCAUGUGGUGUUUUAGUACUAGAUAACACUGUUGAAACUGACCUCGUUUGUCUUCUAAAAUGUUAUCAUUGUCUUUUUGAGCAAGUAUCAUGUAGCCAGCAGAAUAUGUUUAUUCAUUCAUGUUUAAAGAAGAACAGUAAAAUGUUAAAAUGUUCAUUAAGACAGAUCAUUGUGGAUUUUCCAAAGCACUGCAUAUAUUUGUAUUUAUUACAAUUUUAUUAAUGUCUAUAAAAAUAACAUUCUGAAUGUUACCUUUGGCACACUUUCUCAUUAACAUCCUAAUUCAACUUUGCCUUCACUAAGCAAGUUUCUUUAUUAAACUAAUAAAUCUA